UCUUCAUUUGGGUCCUGUUCCCCAAGCUUUUCCAAUCCUGAUCCGGACCAUGGGACUAUCUUUAGUGUUUCUGUGCGGCGCGUUGGCCCUGAUCUGCAGCGCCCAGGCCACGUACAACUACCACACGUUGAAGUGUGACUGCAGGGGGCACUCUCAGUACUGCGUGCGCGAUGCCUGGGGUCUGCGCUGCGUGAACUGUCAGGAUAAUACCGAGGGCCGCCACUGCGAGCGCUGUCGGGCGGGGUACUACCAGCAGAAGAACGGGAGGAGCUGCACGGCCUGCCUGUGCCACCCAAUAGGUGCCGUGAGCUCUCAGUGCGACAGCAGGGGGCGCUGUAGCUGUAAACAGGGCUACACUGGAGACCGCUGCGAGCUCUGUGAAGAUGGAAGGAAGUUCGGAGCGGACGGGUGCACGCGCAGUCGCCAGCUCAGAGACGAUCCCGGGAGUUGGAAUCCGUCUUGCUUCUGCUUCGGCCACAGCUCUGAGUGUUCUGCACAGACUGGAUACUACGUCUACAACAUCAGCUCCAACUUUAAUGACGGUCUGGACGGCUGGAGAGCCGCCACACUGGAUGGACAAACCCCCAGGACCGUGUACUUCCGCUGGUCACCGAGACACAAAGACGUGGAGGUGAUCUCGUCCAUCAUCCAGCCUGUGUACCUGUACGCUCCAGCCCGUUUCCUUGGCGACCAGCUGAACAGCUAUGGACAGAACUUGUCCUUCUCUCUGCGUUUGGACAGAGGAGUGAGAUACCCGUCAAUCAAUGACAUCAUUCUGGAGGGGGCGGGCCUUAGAGUGUCCACUUCAUUAGGAGACAUGAGACACAGCGUCCCCUGUGGACAGAAGACACACUACACCUUCAGACUCGACGAAAACCUGUGGAAGCCUCAGCUCAGCUCCUUCGCCUUCCAGACUCUGCUGCAGAACCUGACGGCCAUCAAGAUCAGGGCCACGUUUGGAAACAACGGUCGGGGGUACCUGGAUAACGUGACCAUGAUGUCUGCUCGCACCGGCCCUGGUACCGUGCCCGCGGCGUGGGUGCGGAGCUGCCGGUGCCCUCUGGGUCUGGAGGGGCCGCAGUGUGAGCGAUGUGCGGCCGGGUACAGGCGCUCGGAGCCCGGCCGAGGGGCCUUCAGCGGCUGUGAGCCCUGCCAGUGUCCCAAAGGCAGCUGUGACGCCCAGACCGGAGAGUGUUUGUCCUCUGACGACACCAACCAGGGCUGCCCCAGCGGAUACUCAGGUGCUGGUUGUACAGAAUGUGCCGAGGGCUUUUACAGAGAGACGGUCAGAGGAGACGGCUUCACUCCUCCAUGUCAGCCCUGUGCCUGUGACCAGCAGGGGGCGGUCUCCUCUCAGUGUGACUCCUCUGGGACCUGUGUGUGCAGAGCUGGCUUUGAGGGGCCUAAGUGUGCCAGCUCCAAGUGCCCGUCCUGCUUCAGUCCUGUCAUUACACGGUUGCAGCAGUUUGCGCUGAAAGUGCAGGAGCUCCAGGCCCUGUUCUCGGGGGCAGGCCAGGGCUCGGCUCACGCUGAGGCCAUGGAGGCAGCGCUCCGGUCCGCCCGCAGGCAGCUGGAGGAACUGCAGGAAGACCACACGCUCGCCACAGAUGCAGAGAGGCGCCUGGACAGAAGACUCACCUCCCUGGUCACGGAGCAGCAGACUCAGGGACAGGACCUGUCCCGAGUGUCCCUCAGCGUACAGGACGUCCAGAGCAGACAGGAGACAUACGGGGACAAAGUGAACACUGUAAAGGGCAUGAUAGUGGACAUGAAGACACUCCUGGAGCAGGCGCAGAACAAACUCAGAGCUGUGGAGCUCCCUCAGUCCGACGCCCCCGCUGACUCUCCCUCAGAGACAAACCCGUUCUCCCCUCUGCUCCAGAAGGCUCUGGACCUGGUCCAGAUACACCAGUCGGACGCCUCCGCCAUAGCAGUGGAUUCUUCUGGAGCUCUGAAGGACUCACAGCAGAGUGCGGCUCUGCUCCAGACCAUCCUGGGCCGAGAGGAGAAGGUCCAGGAGAUGACCCAGGACCUCCAGAACACGUUUGACCAGAUCUCUGCUGAGGUGAAGGUGCUGGAGACUCGGGCUCCUAUGGUCGGCUCUGACGCCACAGACCAGAGCAAGAGGGCCGCCACUCUGCUGCAGAACAUCCUGAAGACAGAGAAGCAGCUGCCCGCAACACUCAAGGUGGACGACAUGUUGUCCCAGAUGUCCGGCCUCAAAGCAGAAGCCGAUGGAACCCUGAAGGAUCUAGGCACGCUUAAAGCCACAAUGGACCCGGAGCAGACCAAAGCCCUGGAGCUGCUGGCCAAAGGGAAGACAGCCCAAAAGACGUUUGACGGUCUGGUGAGCCGAGUGGACCAGGCCAAGUCUGUGACAGAGGACGCUCUGAGGAGGAUGGGGGCCAACACUGACCAGCUGGAGGACUCUCUGAGCACGCUGAAAGGGUUCGAGCAGCAGAUGGAGCGAGCCAAAGCGCUGUCGGACGCUGCCAUUGGUCGACUGCCCGCCAUCAACGCCACCGUCCAGUCAGCAAAGAGAGACAACGACGCCACCCUGAACCUGAUAGACAGAGUCCACGGGCAGCUGAACGAUGCCGGGCUGGGGCGUGACCAGCUGAAAAGCGCAGUGGACAAGAUACAGGGGAUCUGGAGCACCGUCCCUUCCAUCAAUGGACUGGAAGCUUCUCCCCUCCGCACAGAUGCCGAGAAGCUCCUGGCGGGUUCCUCCUCCACGGCAGCGGAGGUGCAGGACGAGCUGGACCAGGCGAGGAUUCUGAACCAGGAGGCCGCUCAGGGAGCGAAGGAUGCCCAGGCGGCGCUGGAGAACACAGAGAGGAGCAGGGACGCAGUGAAGAAGACGCUACGAGAUGUCCUCAGCAUGAUCAACAAUCUGAAUGCUUCAGAGCCCGUGGACCUGUCCCGGCUGGAGCGUGUGGAGGCGUCCCUGGGAGCCGCUCAGAGGGACAUCAACCUGGGUCUGGUCCCUCGUCUGGAGCAGCUGCAGCAGAAGGAGCAGGCGCACAGACGCUACCUGAGGAAACUAGAGCAGGACAUGUCCACCAUCCUGGGAGACAUCCAGAACAUCGAGGACAUCCUGCGGUCUGUGCCCCCGGGCUGCUACAACAACCCCCCUCUGGAGGAGGCCUAAACCCCUCUGGAGGAUCCUGAGUCCCUCUGGAGGAGACCUGAGUCCCUCUGGAGGAGACCUGAGUCCCUCUGGAGGAGCCUGAG